AUGCCCGGACUGAGCAUCUGCAGACCCGCAGUUCUGGUGGCUCCCUGCGCGGGGAGUUCAGCAGCUGCUAAACGAGAGAAGUCCCUCCAGGCUCCUCCAGGUCUCCAGGACGCCCAGCCGGUCGCUUCGCGGCACGUUUCACUGCGGGAGAUGGUGCUGACUCCAGCCCGCGUGCCUCCCUUCACCAUCCCGCCGCUGUGCGCGGUGACUCGGCCCGGGCGCUGCUCUGCGGGGGGCGGCUCUCGGCGCAACACGCUGCCGGCCUCAGCUCACUCUCUCCGGUAUAACAGCCGCUGCUGCUGCCCGUUCUCAGCGCUCAGCCUCACGGACCUGGAGCCUCACUCAUGCGCUCUGUCAGACCCGGGCACCAGAGCCGCGAUGUCUCUGCCCCACCUGGCCAAAAUCACCACUCCGUACGGCUUCAUCACCCUGGGGGAGAGCCCCUGCGUCCGCCGCCGAGAGUCGCUGUUCUUCCAGGAGAGCCAGACACAGCCUGGAGCUUCACAGCAGCAGCAGCAGUGUGUGAAAUCUAAGAGUGAGUCUUCCUUGCAGUCCUGCAGUGUAGCAGCAUGCUGUAUUUCAUCUCUCCAACAAGAAAAUUACCUCUCUACUUCACGUGACUGUUCAAAGCCUCACAAGUGCACACACCGUUCCAGCAGUUUUUCAACGAGGAAAGAAAAACUGAAGUAUUUCCUGAAGAACCGCUUCAAAGCAUAAGAGCCAAUUCACUUCCAGAAACUUCCCUGAAAUGACAUUCACACUAAAGAAGUCCCCCUGAUAAUUACAGAGAUAUACUCCAUCAAGAAGAAAAAGGCCCUUGAAAAAGCAGAAUGAGCUGAUAGUGAGUGGAAAAUUAAAUGAUGAGACUUGGAGUGAAGGUUAACCAGUUCAUGUAUCAAAAUACACAUUGAAUUACUGUUGGUUGUGAUAUGUUAUUAUAAGGAGGCACC